AUGUUUUCGUUAUCAUCUUCUAUUCCUGUAGUGGGAACUCAUGACCACCCAAGUGAAGGUAUUCUUAAAUCACAACAACAAUCAAAACGUCAUGGAUCGACCGUACCUCCACCAUCCGGUGGAAAAACAAAUGCAGAUUCCACAGAAAAUGCCUAUUCACCAAUUGUGCAUUGUAUGUUGGCUGGUGGUAUCGGAGGAGCCAUAGGUGACUCUGCUAUGCAUUCAUUGGAUACAGUAAAGACAAGACAACAAGGUGCUCCAAGCACAGUGAAGUAUAAAAACAUGAUUGGUGCUUAUAGAACAAUUAUCCUGGAGGAAGGGUUGCGCAAGGGUUUAUACGGAGGUUACUCGGGUGCAAUGCUCGGAUCCUUCCCCAGCGCGGCAAUUUUCUUUGCUACUUACGAGUACACCAAAAGAAAAAUGAUUGGUGAAUGGGGAAUAAAUGAAACUUUCUCUCACUUAACUGCAGGGUUCCUUGGUGAUUUCAUUAGUAGUUUCGUGUAUGUGCCCAGUGAAGUGUUAAAGACCAGAUUACAAUUGCAAGGCCGUUAUAACAACCCGUUUUUCCGCAGCGGCUAUAAUUACAAAAACCUCACAGAUGCCGUCACAACCAUUGUGAGGCGAGAAGGAUGGCCAACUUUAUUCUUUGGUUAUAAAGCAACCUUGAGUCGGGAUCUACCGUUUUCUGGGUUACAAUUUGCAUUUUAUGAGAAAUUUAGACAACUUGCAUUCGCAGUAGAGAAUAAAACGUUUGAUGAAGAUUUAUCUCUGAGUAACGAAAUAAUUACCGGUGCUGCUGCAGGUGGUCUUGCUGGUAUCAUAACAACUCCAUUAGAUGUUGUAAAGACAAGAAUCCAGACACAGCUACCAGAUAUCCCUGAAAAUAGUUCUCAGAAUUUAAAGCAGCAAACGUUGACAAAUUCCAUUACGAAAGGCAUGAUGACCGUUUACAAGACAGAAGGUCUCGCUGGAUUAUUCAGCGGUGUUGGACCAAGAUUUAUUUGGACAAGUAUACAAAGUAGUAUCAUGUUGCUAUUAUAUCAAGUUGCAUUAAAAACCUUGGACAGUAAGCUUUCAGAUGAAAAGAAACUUUAA